UUCUUGACACCGGUUGAUAUGGGUGUGAUUCCAGACUACGCUCUUGUGAUUCGUCAUCCUAUGGAUUUUACAACGAUGAAAGAGCGCCUGGAACGAGACUAUUAUCAGCACCUUGACGACAUCCUCCAUGAUUUUAAGAUGAUCGUACGCAAUGCAAAAACAUACAAUGCACCGAAUACGAUCUAUUGGCGUAGCGCCGAUCGAUUGGAA